AUGGAGAAGCGCGUGCAGUGGCUUUUUAAAAACAAAGAGCUAGAGCCAGAGCUUCUGCAUCAAGAGAUUAUAGCAGGUUCAGAAGGACAUUGGCAACAAGCAAAAGUUUUGCGCUGGCAAGACAGUGGAGAAAUGAUUGAUUGGGUCGAUAGACAUGUCAUAACAAUGAACAUAAAGGAAGGAAAAGUGUCAGUGAAGAGAGUAGCCAAAGGGGCCAUAACAAAUGCAGAGUGUGUAGUAAUAUUUGAGUAG